CAAAUGCUCGCAACACAGCAUAACAACAUGCAUGAAAAUUUUGCUCCCAUCCAUCCGUGAUUUCUCUUCAGUUAGUUCGCAUUCACAUUCCAUUUGCAAGGCCACCCUCUCUCUCUCCCACAACAAACAAAUCCAUUCUUCCCUUCUUUUUUUCCAUCAUUUUCCAAUCUCAAAAUCAAAAUUCCAGCAUUAUUCAUUUUCAUUCUCUUAAUCUUCAUCUCAGAUUUCUCUCUCAGAUCCCCGUCUACGUAGUUUUUUCUUAAUCAAAUCCCAUGACUACCUUCGAAACCAAUCCCUUCGCCGAAGAUGAGGUGAAUCCUUUUGCUGAUGGAGGUGCUAAAGGAAAAGCUUCAGGGCAACCAAACUAUGGUGGUGGGGCAUUCUACACUACUAACCCAGGAAGUGUUUCCCCUGCAACCUCGACAAAGCUCACACCCCUUCCUCAUGAACCUCAUGAUCGUGGGGCAACUGUUGACAUUCCUCUUGAUAUGCCAAAGGAACUCAAAGCAAGGGAAAAAGAACUUCAAGCUAGAGAGGCUGAAUUGAAAAGAAGGGAACAGGAGCUAAAAAGAAAGGAAGAUGCUAUAUCACGAGCUGGAAUAGUCAUAGAGGAAAAAAAUUGGCCACCUUUUUUCCCUCUCAUUCAUCAUGACAUCGCAGCUGAAAUACCAAUUCAUCUUCAGACAAUCCAGUAUUUUGCAUUUGCAACAUGGUUGGGUUUGAUUUUAUGUCUUACUUUUAAUAUUGCUGCUGUUACAGUAGCUUGGCUCAAAGGAGAAGGUCUAUCAAUAUGGUUUCUUGCUAUCAUAUACUUUAUCUCCGGUGUUCCAGGAUCCUAUGUGAUGUGGUAUCGCCCUCUUUAUCGUGCUACAAGAACGGACAGUGCUCUAAAGUUUGGCUGGUUUUUCUUGUGUUACUCGUUCCACAUUAUGUUUUGUGUUCUGGCUGCAGUUGCACCUCCAAUUAUCUUCAAAGGAAAAUCUCUCACAGGUAUUCUGCCUGCAAUUGAGGUGCUGACCUACAAUCCAGUGGUUGGGAUACUCUACUUAGUUGGGUUUGCUUUUUUCGCCGUUGAAUCACUACUAAGCAUAUGGGUUAUUCAGCAAGUAUACAUGUACUUUCGCGGCAGUGGGAAAGCUGCACAGAUGAAACGGGAGGCUGCAAGGGGGGCCAUGAUGACAGCUCUAUGAGACUAUGACAGAUUGGGGUGAUAAAAAAAAGGUGGAAAGUGGCACUUGCAAAUGUCUACCCUAUUAUAGUGAUACCACACCAUAUUUUUGUUUCCUUCAGUUCAGUUACUUACACCUUUAGUAUUGGUUGUUUGUUCCUUAGGUUUUUUUGGCCAAAGUUUUAUAUCAAAGAAGAUUAUGAUAGAAAUUGUAGUUGUUCAUACAUAGGCUACUCUUCCUUGAUACAUAACUUGUUUCAUAGAAUGUUGUUUGUAUAAAUACUAUGGACAAUGGGACUGCCAUUUUCUACCUUUGAGGA